AUGUCGAGGAGACUCGUAAGCCUUGCCAUACCUCUCUACUUCUAUGAGUAUCGUGCUAAUACCUCUACAACAGCCAGCGAAAAUGGAGUCAUCGCAGAAUCCAAGCGCCAGAUCGGCAUUGUGUCUGCCUCCUUCCUCAUCUUCAACCGCAUGGUGGGAACUGGUAUCUUCGCCACUCCAUCAGGCAUCCUCUCCCUCACCGGAAGUGUCGGCCUCGCCCUCUUCAUGUGGGUCGCUGGUAUGGCCAUCGCCGCCGCGGGAAUGGCCGUAUAUCUCGAAUUUGGCACGGCGCUACCACGUAACGGUGGUGAAAAGAACUACCUAGAGUACGUCUUCCGCAAACCCAAGUUCAUCGCCACGGGUUUCUACACCGGCUACGUCCUCCUGCUCGGCUGGGCAGGCAGCAACUCCGUCGUCUUUGGAGAAUAUAUUCUCUACGCCGCAAACGUCGAGGUAGGACGCUGGAACCAACGUGGCGUUGGUCUCGCAUGCAUUACAGCCGCCUUCCUCAUCCACGGCCUCGCGCUCAAAUGGGGUCUCCGCCUGCAGAACCUCCUCGGCAUCAUCAAGCUGAUCGUCAUCCUCAUCAUCGUUGUUGCUGGCUGGGCGGCACUUGGUGGAGCUCUCAAAGUCCCCAAACCACAUAACUUCGACAGCGCCUUUGAGGGAACGACGGGCAGUGCGUACGGGAUUGUCACGGCGCUGUACAACGUCAUCUGGUCAUACAUCGGCUACUCUAACGCCAACUACGCCCUUAGCGAGACGAAGAACCCCGUGCGGACACUCAAAAUCGCCGCCCCAACCGCCCUCUUCGGCGUCGGCAUCCUCUACAUGCUUGUGAACAUAAGCUACUUCGCCGCAGUCGAUAAGGCUACUAUUUUGUCCUCCGGACGCAUCCUCGCCGCCUCCUUCUUCCGCAACGUCUUCGGUGGCGGUGCUGCGGAGAGAGCCCUCUCCGUCCUAGUCGCCCUCUCCGCCUUCGGAAACGUCCUCAGCGUCAUCUUCUCGCAAGGCCGUCUAGUCCAAGAACUGGGACGAGAAGGCAUCCUGCCGUUCUCCCGCUUCUGGGCGAGCAAUCGCCCCUUCAACGCCCCACUCGCAGGUCUCUUCGAACACUGGCUCGUCUCCGUCAUAAUCAUGUUGGCACCACCGCCUGGAGACGCAUACAACUUCAUAAUCAACGUCAUCUCCUAUCCCCUCGCAAUAGUAAACACCUUCGUCGCCCUCGCCCUCCUGUACCUCUACUGGCACCGCAAGACCAACGGCUGGACCCCACCCUUCCGCGCCACCUGGCCUGUCGCCCUCUUCUUCUUCCUUUCCAACAUCUACCUCGUCGUGGCGCCCUUCGUACCGCCCACCGACGGAAAUGAAAUCUACAAAACCCUGCCGUACUGGCUGCACUGCGUCGUCGGGUGGGGCAUCAUCGCGGGCGGGGGCGUGUAUUGGUUGAUCUGGGCGGUGGUGUUGCCUAAGGUGGGCAAGUAUGAGCUUGUGAGGGAGGGGUAUACUGAGGGGAUUGAUGGGUGGGAGAGGUGGAGGUUUGUUAGGAGGCCUUUGACGGGUCAGCAGUAG